CUGUUUCUCUCCUUGGACCGAGGAAACCUCUUUGGGUCACAGCGCUACAAUCUCUCAUCUCUGCAGUGGCCCUUGCUGAUGAUAUGAGAGCUAAUAUAGGCGAAUCCCUGCACCAUAGGCGUCAGAUCUUCCUGCCAAAGCUGGAUCUCUAUGCAUUUUUGUGAUCCUUGAAAAUAAAACACUGAACCGGUGGCUGCGUGGAAUACCAGCGGACAUGACUGCGAUGGGGAAAUUUAAGCAUAUCCUGCUUAUUUUCGCAGGUCUGAUCACCGCAGCUAACGGUCAACCUUGUGGCGGCAUAGUGCAAGGUCUCAAUGGAACCAUAGAGAGUCCAGGCUUUCCCCAUGGCUACCCGAACUAUGCUAACUGCACCUGGAUCAUUGUGACAGGGGAGCGGAACAGGAUACAGCUCUCCUUCCACACCUUCGCUCUAGAGGAGGAUUUUGACAUCGUCUCCAUUUAUGAUGGACAACCACUGCCUGGCAACUUGAAAAUGAGGUUGUCGGGCUUCAUGCUGCCAUCUCCAAUCGUGAGCACUGGGUCAAUAAUGGCACUGUGGUUUACCACGGACUUUGCUGUAAGUGCUCAAGGAUUUAAAGCAAUUUAUGAAGUGUUGCCAAGUCAUACCUGUGGAAACCCAGGGUUAAUACCAAAAGGAGUUAUCCAAGGGUCAAGAUACAACAUUGGGGACAAGAUCCGUUACAGCUGUGUGAUGGGAUAUGUCCUUGAGGGCCAUGCUAUGCUUACAUGCAUAGUGACUCCAGGAAGUGGUGCAUCGUGGGAUUUCCCAGCACCAUUUUGUCGAGCGGAAGGUUCUUGUGGUGGGACUCUGAGAGGCACAACAGGCACAAUCUCCAGCCCUCAUUUCCCCUCGGAGUACGAGAACAAUGCAGAUUGUACGUGGAGUAUACUCGCAGAACCGGGGGACACUAUUGCUUUGGUCUUCACAGACUUCCAGCUGGAGGACAGAUACGACUUCCUGGAGAUCAGUGGGACAGAGGUCCCAUCGAUAUGGCUCACUGGCAUGAAUCUGCCCUCACCCGUCAUCAGCAGCAAGAACUGGCUGCGGCUGCAUUUCACUUCUGACAGCAACCACCGGCGGAAAGGAUUUAGUGCCCAGUACCAAGUGAAAAAGGCCAUCGAGUUGAAGUCCAGAGGCGUGAAAAUGCUUCCAAGCAAAGACACCAGCCACAAGAACACAGUCUUGAGCCAAGGGGGGAUGGCUGCUGACAUUUGUCCAGAUCCCGGGAUUCCGGAGAAUGGCAGGAGGAUUGGCUCAGAUUUUCAGGUUGGCGCCAGCAUCCAGUUCUUCUGUGAUGACAGCUACGUGCUUCAGGGAUCAAAGAGCAUCGCUUGCCAGCGAGUGACUGAAACUCUGGCUGCGUGGAGUGACCACAGGCCUAUCUGUCGCACAAGGACAUGUGGCUCUAAUUUAAGAGGACCAAAGGGGAUUAUUACAUCUCCCAACUACCCUGUCCAGUAUGAAAAUAAUGCUCACUGUGUGUGGGUCAUCACAGCGGUAGAUCCUCAAAAGGUUAUCAAGCUGUCAUUUGAGGAGUUUGAUCUUGAGAGAGCGUACGACACAUUAACAGUGGGAGAUGGUGAGAAAAUCGGGGAUGCCAGGAGGGUACUUUAUGUGCUCACUGGGACCAGUGUGCCAGACCUGAUUGUGAGCAUGACCAAUCAAAUGUGGCUUCAUCUCCAGUCUGAUGAUACCAUUGGGUCCCAAGGCUUUAAAGCUAUCUAUGAAGAAAUUGACAAAGGAGGCUGUGGAGACCCAGGAAUCCCUGGUUACGGCAAGCGAACAGGCGACUCUUUUUUACACGGGGACUCGCUCACGUUCGAGUGUCAGGCCGCCUUCGACUUAGUCGGCGAAAGGACAAUAUCAUGCCAGCAAAAUAACCAGUGGUCCGGAAACAAACCCAGCUGUGUCUUUUCCUGCUUCUUCAAUUUCACCACGGCGUCAGGCGUCAUCCUGUCCCCGAACUACCCGGAGGAGUACGGGAGCAACAUGAACUGUGUCUGGCUCAUCAUCGCCGAGCCGGGCAGUCGAAUCCAUCUUAUUUUCAGCGACUUCGAGGUGGAGUCACAAUUUGACUAUCUCAUCGUGAAAGACGAGGGCAUGCCAGAGCCCACCACAUUCGGGACGUUCUCUGGGAAGGACGUGCCCUCACAGAUCGCCAGCAAUGGGCACAUCAUGCGUCUGGAGUUCCAGUCGGACCACUCCAAUACAGCCAGAGGAUUCAACAUCACCUACACCACUUUUGGACAGAAUGAGUGUCACGACCCCGGCAUACCUGUCAACGGUCAGCGGUUCGGCGAGCACUUCCUCCUGGGCAGCUCAGUGUUGUUCACCUGUGACGAGGGCUUCAUCAAGACCCAUGGGUCAGAGGCCAUAACCUGCGUCAUUCAGGACGGCAAUGUGGUAUGGAAUGCAGCCGUCCCACGCUGCGAAGCUCCCUGUGGUGGCCAUUUAACGGCUCCGCUGGGGGUUCUGCUGUCCCCCGGUUGGCCCGGGUUCUACAAAGACUCUCUGAACUGCGAAUGGAUCAUCGAGGCCAGGAAGGACCAUGCCAUCAAAAUCACCUUUGACCGGUUUCAGACGGAGGUUAAUUAUGACACGCUGGAGGUGCGGGACGGCCCCUCCACCUCCUCGCCCCUAAUUGGGGAGUACCAGGGCACGCAGGCACCCCGCUUCCUCAUCAGCACCAGCAAUUACAUGUACCUCCUCUUCACCACCGACAACAGCCGCUCCAGUGUGGGCUUCCAGAUACGCUACGAGAGCAUCAUGAUGGAAACAGAUUCGUGUUUAGACCCUGGCAUCCCGGUGAAUGGGAAGAGGCAUGGGAACAGCUUUGCCAUCGGCUCCAGGGUGACAUUCAGCUGUGAUCACGGGUACACACUGAGCGACGAGGAGCCCAUCGUGUGCGAGAGAAACCACCAGUGGAACCACGCACUGCCCAGCUGUGAUGCUCUAUGUGGAGGCUACAUAUUUGGAAAGAGUGGAAGUAUUCUCUCUCCCGGGUUCCCAGACUUCUACCCUAACUCGCUCAAUUGCACCUGGACAAUAGAAGUAUCACACGGAAAGGGAGUGCAGCUCGUUUUUCACACGUUCCACCUGGAGGACUCACACGAUUACCUGCUCAUUACGGAGGACGGCAGCUUCACCGAUCCCGUGGCCAGGCUCACCGGCUCCGUCUUGCCGCCCUCCAUCAAAGCCGGCCUCUUCGGCAACUUCAGCGCCCAGCUCCGAUUCGUCUCAGACUUCUCCAUGUCCUACGAGGGCUUUAACAUCACCUUCUCAGAGUAUGAUCUGGAGCCGUGUGAGGAUCCUGGAGUGCCUGCCUACAGUCGAAGGGUGGGCUUCCAGUUUGGGGUUGGCGACUCGCUCAUAUUCUCCUGCUUCGGUGGCUACCGUCUGGAGGGGGAGCUCAAGAUUACCUGCUUGGGUGGGGGAAGAAGGGUAUGGAGUGCCCCCCUGCCAAGGUGUGUGGCUGAGUGUGGAGCCACCUCUGUUGGAAUCGAAGGUGUCUUGCUGUCACCCAAUUACCCUGCCAAUUAUGGCAACAAUCACGAGUGCAUCUACCGCAUCGAGACAGAGAGAGGAAAAGGCAUUCGAAUGGUGGCUACAAACUUCCAGCUCCUUGAAGGAGAUUAUCUCAAGAUUUAUGAUGGGAGCGACAGUUCAUCUCGAUUGCUGGGCAAUUUUUCAAGGAGCGAAAUGACUAAUGUCGUCAUCAACAGCACCUCAAAUCAUCUGUGGAUUGAGUUCAACAGCAACGGGACGGGAACCAACAAGGGCUUCCGGCUGACAUACAGCAGUUUUGACCUUGUCAAAUGCGAAGAACCGGGGACUCCAAAUUAUGGGUACAAGAUUGAAGACAACGGGCAUUUUGCCAACACACGAGUGGUGUACAGCUGUAACCCCGGGUACACACUGCAUGGAAGCAGCACUCUGACCUGUCUCAGCGGUGACCGCAGAGUGUGGGACAAGCCUCUGCCAUCCUGCGUCGCCGAGUGUGGAGGUCAAAUUAAGGAGGCCACGUCUGGGCGGAUAUUAUCGCCGGGCUACCCAGCACCCUACGACAACAACCUCCACUGUACUUGGUCCAUUGAGGCAGACGCAGGCAAAACAAUCAGCCUCCACUUCAUUGUCUUCGACACGGAGGUGGACCACGACAUCCUGAAGGUGUGGGAUGGUCAGAGCGAGAGCGGGAUCCUGCUGAAGGAGUGGAGCGGUUCGCAGCUACCCGAGGACACCCACAGCACCUUCAACGUCCUCACACUGCAGUUCGAUAGCGACUACUUCAUCAGCAAGUCUGGCUUCUCUAUACAGUUCUCAACUACCACUGCCACAACAUGCAACGAUCCUGGAACGCCACAAAAUGGCACCCGGUAUGGAGACAGCCGGGAGCCAGGGGACACCAUCACUUUCCAGUGUGACCCGGGCUACCAGAUGGAAGGGGAUGCCAUAAUCACCUGUGUGGAACACAACAACAGGUUCUUCUGGCAGCCGGACCCUCCCACGUGCAUAGCGACCUGCGGAGGCAACGUGACAGGACCUGCUGGGGUAAUUCUAUCACCCAACUACCCACAGCCAUACCCACCAGGAAAAGAAUGCGACUGGCGGAUAAAAGUCAAUCCCGACUUUGUGAUCGCUCUAAUUUUCAAAAACUUCAACAUGGAGCCCAGCUAUGACUUCCUGCACAUCUACGAGGGCGAGGACUCCAACGGGCCGCUGAUUAGCAGUCUGCAGGGCACCCAGGCCCCGGAGAGGAUCGAGAGCAGUGGAAACAGCCUCUUCCUGGCCUUCCGCAGCGAUGCCUCCCUUGGGAUGUCAGGCUUCGCCAUCGAAUACAAAGAAAAGCCACGGGAGGCAUGCUUUGACCCUGGCAGUAUAAUGAAUGGAUCUCGAGUGGGAAUGGACUACAAAUUGGGCUCAACGGUGACGUAUUACUGUGACUCUGGCUACAGCGUGGUGGGACCGGCCACCCUGGCUUGCAUCAUGGGGCCAGAUGGAAAACCGGUGUGGGACAAGGCGCUUCCCACAUGCAAAGCCCCUUGUGGGGGUCAUUACAAUGGAUCUGAUGGUGUGGUCUUGUCUCCAAACUAUCCCCACAACUACACCACUGGGCAGACCUGCUCCUACUACAUCACUGUGUCAGGAGAGUUCGUGGUGUUUGGGCAAUUUGCCUAUUUUCAGACGGCCAUGAAUGACUCAGUUGAGCUGUUUGAUGGGGCCAAUCAAAAUGCUCGGCUCCUCAGCUCACUGGCAGGUUCUCAUACAGGUGAGACCUUGCCAUUGGCCACCUCGAACCAGAUCAUGUUGAGAUUCAAUGCAAAGAAUGGUCCAUCAGCGAGAGGCUUCCACUUUGUUUACCAAGCUGUGCCACGGACCAGUGACACGCAGUGCAGCUCCGUGCCAGAGCCGAGAUAUGGGAGGAGGAUUGGUUCAGAGUUUUCAGCCGGGUCCAUUGUCCGUUUUGAAUGCAGCCCAGGCUACCUUCUUGAAGGCUCCAAAGCUAUCAAGUGCCAUGCUGUUCCCAAUGCACUUGCACAGUGGAAUGACACCAUACCGACCUGCAUAGUCCCAUGCAGUAGGAACCUGACGGAGAGAAGAGGCACCAUCCUGUCUCCUGGGUUUCCAGAACCCUAUGGGAACAGCCUGAACUGUGUGUGGAAGAUUGUCGUCACCGAAGGAGCUGGAAUCCAGAUCCAAGUCAUUAGCUUCGCCCUUGAGCACAACUGGGAUUCCCUGGAAAUCUAUGAUGGCGGAGACAUGACAGCGCCCAAAUUGGGCAGCUUUUCAGGCACCACCGCUCCUGCUUUAUUGAACAGCACAUCCAACCAGCUCUACCUUCAUUUCCACACUGACAUCAGUGUCGUCGCUGCCGGAUUCCACUUGGAGUACAAGACUGUUGCCCUCACCUCCUGUCCCGAGCCCAUCAUACCAGCCAAUGGCAUCAAAACCGGCGACCGCUAUAUGGUGAAUGAGGUUGUGUCGUUCGGCUGCGAACCGGGAUAUGUGCUUCAGGGCCAUUCGCAUAUCUCCUGCAUGCCAGGGACUGUUAGAAGGUGGAAUUACCCCCCUCCAUUGUGCAUUGCUAAAUGUGGUGGUGCCCUCUACGAUAUGACCAAUGUGAUUUUAAGUCCUGGAUUUCCAGGCAACUACCCAGGAAAUCUGGACUGCACUUGGAGGAUAUUGCUGCCAGUUGGAUAUGGAGCUCUGAUCCAGUUUGUAAACUUUACCACUGAAGUCAAUCACGAUUUUUUAGAGGUGCGCAACGGUCCUCAGCACAGCAGCUCUCUGAUUGGUCAGUUCAGUGGAACGCAACUGCCACCUGACCUCCUGAGUACGACACAUGAGAUUGUUAUUCAUUUCUACACUGACCACUCGCAAAAUCAACAAGGUUUCAGAUUAACAUACAAAGCAUAUGAAUUGCAGAAUUGUCAAGACCCACCCAAGUUCACCAACGGAUAUAUCAUCAGUAGUGACUACAAUGCGGGGCAGUCGAUCACCUUUGAGUGUUUCCCUGGGUAUAUUUUGGUGGGCCAUCCGGUACUCACAUGUCAACAUGGAAUCAACAGAAAAUGGAAUCAUCCUUUCCCCCGCUGUGAGGCUCCGUGUGGCUACAACGUGACCGCUAUAAAUGGCACAAUAUUCUCCCCCGGGUUUCCAAAUCAGUAUCCGGACUCACAAGACUGCACCUGGUUUAUAACUGUGCCACACGGCCACGGCGUCUACAUCAACUUCUCUCAGCUUGAGACUGAGCCUGUCACAGACUACAUCGCCGUAUGGGAUGGUCCGGACCAGAGCUUCCCGCAGUUGGGGAUUUUCAGCGGCAAUACGGCCCUCGAGUCAGCCUACAGUUCUUUCAAUCAGGUUCUUAUCAAGUUUCACAGCGACUUCUCCACGAGUGGGCUCUUCGUCCUCAAUUUUCAUGCUUAUCGUCUCAAGAAAUGCCCUUCGCCUCCCACAGUUGAACAUGCUGACAUUUUUUAUGAAGAUCAAGAUUACGAAAUAGGCGAUAUAGUGAAAUACCAGUGUCUCCCAGGAUUCACACUGGUAGGCAGUGAUGAGCUGUCCUGCAAGCUUAAUUCUCACCUUCAGUUCGAAGGUCCUCCACCCACAUGCGAAGCUCAGUGCCCUGCCAAUGAGGAAAGGUCUGCAUCGUCCGGUGUGGUCCUUAGCCCAGGCUUUCCCCAGAACUACCCCAACUCCCAGACCUGUUCCUGGAUCAUCAAGGUCCAACCUCCCUAUACCAUCUCCAUCUAUGUGGAAAUGUUUCAAAGUGAAAAACAGUUUGAUGAACUGGAGAUUUUUGAUGGACCCUCUGGGCAGAGUCCGUUAUUGGUGGCCCUCAGUGGAAAUCACUCCACCCAGCUGAACUUCACAAGCAAAACCAGCCAGCUCUACCUGAGAUGGUCAACUGACCAUGCCACCAACAAGAAGGGCUUCAAAAUCCGCUACACAGCGGCAUACUGUAGCAUGAACAAAAUUCCCAAAAAUGGCGGUAUUCGAAACAGAACCAGGGACCGGCCUGGCAGUAGGCUGCAGUACUACUGUAAUGCUGGCUACAGACUGGUGGGCCAGAGGAACGCCACGUGCCGACUCCAUCUGAAUGGUCUCUACCAGUGGGAUAGUUCAGUGCCAUUCUGUCAAGCUAUAUCAUGCGGAAUCCCGGAGUCCCCCGGCAACGGCUCAUUCCAUGGCUACCAGUACACAGUUGCGAGUAAAGUUCACUACCAGUGUGACGAAGGCUUUCGGAUGGAGAGCAGCCGCUCCCUCUCCGCCGUCUGUCUGGAGGACGGAGUGUGGAGCAACGCCGCCCACCCUCCUCUCUGCUUACCGAUCCAGUGCCCUAACAUUGAGAGCAUGCUCUCAGAGCACAUGGUGUGGCGACUAAUCUCUGGGUCACUGAAUGAAUACAGCGCUCAGAUAAUGCUAAGCUGCACUCCAGGCUUCUAUCUGGGAGGCAGGCGAAUUAUCAAGUGCUUGGCAAAUGGAACCUGGGAUGGAAUCGAGGAGAAGUCCACCUGCAAGAUUAUUUCUUGCGGUGAACUUCCUUCGCCGCCCUACGGCAAGAAAAUGGGCACAUUGAGCACAUAUGGUGCCACGGCCAUAUUCACAUGCAACACCGGGUAUACGUUGGUAGGAUCACACAUUCGUGAAUGCCAGGCUAACGGCCUCUGGAGUGGAGUGGACACACGAUGUCUAGCUGGACAUUGUGACUCUCCAGACCCUAUUGUUAAUGGGCACAUAAGUGGCGAUGGAUCCAGCUACCGGGACACUGUGGUCUAUCAAUGCAACAUGGGGUUUCGACUUAUUGGAACCUCCGUUCGCAUAUGUCAGCAAGACCACAGGUGGUCCGGACAGGCACCCGUUUGUGUUCCUAUUACCUGUGGCCACCCGGGCAACCCAGCAAAUGGCCGGACGAAUGGCAGCGAGUUCAACCUGAACGACGUGGUCAACUUCACCUGCAGCACGGGCUACGUGUUGCAUGGUGCUUCAAAAGCACAAUGUCGGAUGAACGGACAGUGGAGCAACACUCUUCCAGUGUGCAGGGUGGUAAACUGCUCGGAUCCGGGCUUUGUCGAGAACGCCAUCCGUCACGCGCAGGAGCGCUACCCCGAGAGCUUCAACUACAGAACCAGUGUGAUGUAUCACUGCAAGAGGGGCUUCUAUCUGCUCGGUUCAUCAGUCCUCUCCUGUCAGUCAAAUGGCUUCUGGGACCGGUCUCUUCCUAAGUGCCUUCCUAUCUCCUGCGGUGACCCCGGCGCCCCGCCGCACGCCACGCUGCUGGGGAAGAGGUUCACCAACGGAGCCACGGUCCAUUACUCCUGUGGCCAGGGGAGGACGCUGAUUGGAAACUCCAGCCGCUACUGUCAGGAGGACGGCCGUUGGAGCGGCUCGCCACCCUACUGCUCAGGUGGCAGCGCAGGGGUUUGCGGCGACCCUGGCAUCCCCCCUCAUGGCACCAGGCUGGGCGAGGAGUUUCGGCUCAAGAGCCUCCUGAGGUUCAGUUGUGAAGCGGGCUACACGCUGAUCGGCUCGGCCGAGCGCACCUGUCUCCAAAACGGCUCUUGGAGCGGUGUCCAGCCGGUGUGUGAAGCCAUUUCCUGUGGAAAUCCGGGAACGCCAGCCUUCUCCAAGAUCAUGUUCAGUGACGGGAUGCUGUUCUCCAGCUCCGUCACAUACUCCUGCUGGGACGGCUACAAGACCUCGGGCCUGACCACACGUCACUGCACCGCGAACGCCACUUGGACUGGCACGUCCCCCGACUGCACAGUGAUCAGCUGUGGAGAUCCUGGUCCCAUCGCUAAUGGGAUUUAUAUUGGAAAGGACUUCACGUUCAACAGCACUGUUCAGUUCCACUGUAAUCCUGGCUACACCAUGGAACCACCUGGGUCAUCAACACUGCUCUGUACCAAGGAUGGCUCCUGGAACCAAACUAAACCGAGCUGUAGAGUGGUCAUGUGUGGCCACCCUCCGGCCAUCCGCUUUGGGAAGGUGGAGGGUUCGGACCUGCAGUGGGGUGCUAGCGUCACCUACAGCUGCUUCGAUGGCUACCAGCUGUCCUCACCUGGCAUCGCCACCUGCGAGGGUAGCGGCACGUGGCGUGGUGAUAUCCCACAAUGCCUGCCUGUGCUCUGUGGAGACCCGGGCACACCGGCGGAGGGCUACAUGGAAGGGAAGCAGUUCACCUUCAGGUCGGAGGUCACCUUCUACUGCAGGAGCCCCUACAUCCUGGUCGGCUCCUCUAGGAGAGUCUGCCAGGAUGACGGAUCGUGGAGCGGGGUGCAACCCACGUGUGUAGAUCCAGCGUUCAAUUCAUGUAGAGAUCCAGGAACCCCAUCGUAUGGGAUCCCAAUCCAGGCUCAGGGAUUUGAGGUUGGGAGUAAGAUUUUCUUUAGAUGCCGUAAAAACUACCACAUACUGGGAUCAACAUCAAGAACAUGCCUUGAAAAUUUGACAUGGAGUGGAGUACAACCAGAAUGUAUCGCUCAUGGGUGCAGACAAAUAGAGACACCUGCUCAUGUUGAUGUAAGGUCCAUCGAUCUGCCCACUCUUGGAUACACUUUAAUGUUCACCUGCCAAGAUGACUACUUCCUCUCAGGAGGGUCGGAGCACAGGACAUGCAAACCAGAUGGAAAGUGGACAGGGAAGCCCCCGGUCUGCAAAGUUGGGCCAAAAAUAAACAGCAAAUCGAAAGGCGCAGAUUCAGAUGUGCAGAAAAAUAAGAUCCGUGUUCCAGGAGAUGUGUUCUCUACCAACUCGGGCUGGACAGGGUACUACGAGCACCUGGGCAAGCGGCAGACCGCCACUUUAACGGUAAACGGGUUCAAUGUAACCACGAGUAGAGUCAAUGUCACUCUACUGGAGCAGAGUGGUGUGCAGAUUAAACUGUCUGGGACAUACAAGAAGGAAGAGAACCAUUUGCUUCUGAAGGUCUACCAGAUUAGGGGUCCAACUGAGAAGUAUUAUAGUAAAUUCAAGAAUGACAACUGGGCAAUGGAUGGAUACGUCACUGCAGAGUCUGACAAGAAAACAUUUGUUUACCAGGGUCAUAUUCACAGCAAAGAUUUUGGUACAUUUCAGCUAACAAGACAAGGUCUACUGACAACAGAUACUAAUUCCUACUAUGGCACAAACAGCAGUUCUGUUGCUGCAGCUAUCCUUGUGCCAUUUUUUGCUCUAAUACUAUCAGGAUUUGCCUUUUACCUCUACAAACACAGGGUACUAUCACAAGCCACAGAUGACAAUGAGAGACCCAAAGACGUAAUAAGGGGCGGAAGCAGAACAAGACCAAAAGUACAGUACAAUGGCUACGCAGGUCAUGAAAACACCAAUGGACAAGCAUCAUUUGAAAAUCCCAUGUAUGACACAAACAUGAAGCCUACAGAGGCGAAAGCUGUGAGGUUUGAUACAACACUGAAUACAGUCUGCACAGUGGUAUAGCCCCCAUGGCUGCUAUGGGAAGGAUUCAUCCAUAGUGAAUUCACUGGGCUAGCUAUGGUUGUCUCAUAUUCCAUAUGACAGUUAGUCCUGUGUGACUGCAAUUUGGGACUACAGGAAAUUUGCUUUGGGACAAAUUCUUUAAGGUUAUGACAUACAUACUAUUCUAUGAUCAUUUCUGACUAAUUGCCAUAGAAACACAUAUUGAAGGUGACCGGAAAGGGAUGAUUUCCGUGGAGGAGACAUCAUAUGCUUCUGGUUGAGGCCACAAAGGACAGAACAUGCUUUCUGGGAUCAAGGAGUUCUGCCUCUCAAUCGUUCAAACAGGAUGAAAGUUCUGCGUCGACUUUUCCUUACUUUCAUUUCUGAAAUCUCGCUUCCCAAAAGUCUUCUCUUGGGAAAUACUGAAGUGUCUUGAAAGGCCACAUAAUUGUUUUGGUGAAAGGGGAGUUUUUUUUUUCUUCUUUUCUUCAGUGAAGACAUACUGGCCUACAAAGCAGCAGGCAACUUAAAACAAUAUUGUGGCUGAACAUACUAGACUUGUCCAUCUGCAAGCAGAAAAUAUGCUACAACUAGAACUCUGUCAGCAGAGGCUCAGAGUUUACCCCCAAGAUGGUGGAGGAAACUCACUCAACUUUUACGUUGAAAAACAUUAUCGCACAAAUUUUGCACUAGCGUGGUGUGAAUGGGUUCUGAGUUGGUUUAAAAUGGGGGGGGGAAAGAGAUAAAAAGACAAUACAGGGUUUCUGAUCAUGUGUACAUAAACAUUUACAGAUCCACAGAAAGCAUGUAAACAUGCUAUGUUUUAUAGAAAGGCUAAUUUAAUUUUAUAAAUUGGUUCCACAAAUUAAAUUAUGAUUCAUAAUUGCACAUAAUGAUGUAAUGGUUGUGAACAUCAUAGGAACCAUGUAGCUUUCUUAUUCUUUUUACUACCAUGCCAUUGUUAUUUUUAUACCCAUUUUAAUGUGAGGUAAUCAUGCUUUGUGCAGUAAAAUGGAAUGAGUGGACUUUUUUGAGUAGCCAAAAAUGUCAAAAAUGUAGUACCUGGUAUCUCCUGGUACUACAUGAAUGUUGAUUUUUCUCCUGAGAAGGGUCAAGUGGUGGAUCUGAAGUGGGAGUACGGAAGCUGCUGGCGUACUCACAGAACAUUAUGAGAUGAGGUGAAAACACAGCCCUGCAUUAUCUUCAAAAUUACCUUUAUGUUUACAUCGUCACAGGCCUUGACUUACUUUUAGCUGUUUGAAGUUUUAUCCAGAGGGGUUGCAAAUUUGCUUAUAUAUAUACAUAUAUAAAUAUAUAAAAUAUACCUCUUGUGCAGAAGGCUAUAAUUUUUUACAAUGCUGGGGCAGAUGAAAUGUUUAUUUUUCAUAUAUUCUGCACUUACUUUAAAAAACACUGUUUUGAUUUCUAUGUGCGUGCUCAUUAACACGUGUUACGUUCAGGAGGGAUAUUGCGAAUCAGAUGUGGGUUUCAUUCACAUUUCCGUGGCAAAAUGUACUUUUACUUGAUAGUGGUUUAUUUCCAGUUAUCUUAUUUGCUCUUACCAUUAAUGAAACAUUGGAUCUAAGCGGACAUCCAUACCUUGUUUCUCUGAGUAACACUGCCUUAUGACAUCCAGAAACAUGCCCGGGCUGUUCUAGAUUACCCAUGUUCACAUAAAGUUGUUGUGGCGACGAGAGGUGGGCUUUAUUGAGUGCAUAUUCACUGUGAUUCUAAUGUCAUGGGUUAGCUUGCUGAUGUUCCUACUACUUUACAUUUGUGCAUGUACAGAAUUCAUAUGAUAAAUGCACAUUUUUUACUGUAUGAACUACCUACAAUAUUGAUUAUUUUGAUCAUGUUACCAUAUGCACUGGCUUUAUAAACAGCAGUGGCAGCGCAAAUUCAUAUUUACCCUCGAUGAAGUGGCUUUUCAUACCAAUUCGUAACAUUUAAUUUCAGAGGAUGCGUCCCGAACUGUGUAAAUUGGUGUUCCUAAAGAAUUUGUUUAUUUCUUUAAUCUUCGCAAAUAGUUGGGCCUUAUUAUCAUAAAUGAGUGGAAUCUCAAAUCAGUGGUUAAGACGAUAUGCGCAUAUUAUGUCUUACAUAGUUUAUUCCCAUAGAAGGACUCAAAAAGUUCAACUUGGAGCUUUCCAUGAAAAGUUUAGAACACAGUAAGGUUUUUUUUUUCGGAAUUAUGUUUCUUUUGUUUGUUUUUAUUUUUUAUUUUUGUUUAUUUGUUUGUUUUGUUUAGUGUAGGAUGGGUUCACUUCUUUUUCCCCCACUGUUUGCUUCCCACAUUAUGCAUCUGACAGCUAGUUAAUCCAUGUCUGCCUUUCUUCAGGCUUGCUGCAAUAAUGUUUUUGUUUUCUAUCCCUGUAAAAUAUUUUGCCAACAAAAGAGCUGUAAAACUGCAUUUUAACUACAAUCAUGCUAUUUGACCACAUAAUCAUGUUAUCACGUGCUGCUGACUUGAAGUAGGUGCAAAAGAAAAUGUUUUUGUAUAGAAAUAUAUUUUUUAUGAAGAAUUUGUAAAAUUAUUAAAUAUGCUGUACUUUUUUGAUUAAUGUAGGUACAAAAAAUUGUUAAAAUAAAUGUUUUUACUGUACAAAAUGUAAAGUAAUUGUUUAUCUACCAACAGUUAUAUAUCUAUGGUUACAUUUUUUCAACAAAUAAUAAUAUAUACGGGCUUUUAUGAAAAAAAACAGAAUCUGCUCGUAUGUGCUCUUUGAUGUGACAAAAAUAUGAAUCUGAAUCUGUAUUGAAGAUUGUUAAAUGACACCCUAUUUUGCAAAGUAUAA